UCAAGCGCACAGGAAGCGAUCGCAACCCGGAUCGGAUUGGAUCGCAUCGGAUCGUACAUAUAUAUAAAUAUAUAUACUCAACGGCGGCGAUCGCAUGCGGACAAAAAUUUAAAUGUAAUGCCAGACGCACAAUAAUAAUAGUAAAUACACACGUAAUUGGUCAUAUAUGUAGCUUCGCGUUUAAUAUCAGCGAGUGGAAGCCCGGUUAUUAAUAAACAAUAAAAUCGGACAUAAAGUGGGCCUAAACUAUAGUAGACAAGGUCAAAGACGUGCCAAAAGAAGAGCCAAAUAUAUAUUCACGAUGACGGCCAAAACGGAGGAUAAUGUACUGGAUCAGGACAGCCAGCAGGAGCAGGAGACAGUCACUACACCUGGCACUUCCAUAUCCACAUCCUCGGAGGCGGAAAUGGAGACGGCAACCGAAACUGAAACGGAAACUGAAGUUGGCGGUGCUGCGGCCACCAACGAACUUAGCGAAAUCUUCUUUGUGGAUAAUAAUCGAAGGAAGCAUAGCAUCAAGAUCCAGGUGAAACUCUGCCCGGAGGGUGUUUACCUGCGACGUGAAACGGACGAGGAUGAUCAUAUUAACGAGCAGCUCAUCAGGAUCGAUGAUAUUAUCGGUUCCCGGUUUGGACCACGUCUAAGGAAGCGUGCCCGCGGCGGUCUCAACUCCUGCAAGAAUCCCAAUGUGCAAACGGAGGAGGCAGCCCCCGAGCCGGAUAGCGACAAUAGCGCCUACCUGUAUAUAUAUGCAUAUUUGAAGAAGGAGAAGCCCUUGAGGCGGGUGCAAACCCUCAGGAUACUCCGCUUUCGUUCUAGCCAUGACUAUGCCGUCAAUCUACACACCGCCGAGCUGUGGCAUCGAACUAUAAGGCAGCACAAGAGGGGAAAUAAUACUGGUUCCAGUUCCUCCAGUCACAUAGGUGACUCCAGCAAACAGCUCCUGAUCCUGCUCAAUCCCAAAUCCGGUUCGGGCAAGGGUAGGGAACUCUUUCAAAAGCAAGUGGCACCGCUGCUCACCGAGGCGGAGGCGCAAUAUGAUCUGCAAAUAACCACGCAUCCACAAUAUGCCAAGGAGUUUGUGCGCACCAGGAAGGAUCUGCUGGAGCGCUAUUCGGGCAUUGUGGUGGCCUCCGGCGAUGGUUUAUUCUACGAAGUACUCAAUGGCUUGAUGGAACGCAUGGACUGGCGACGGGCUUGCCGUGAGUUACCACUGGGCAUUAUACCGUGCGGCUCUGGGAAUGGUCUGGCCAAGAGCGUGGCCCAUCACUGCAAUGAGCCAUACGAACCAAAGCCCAUUCUGCAUGCCACUCUCACCUGCAUAGCCGGCAAGAGCACACCCAUGGAUGUGGUCAGAGUGGAAAUUGCAUCAAGAGACAAGCAUUAUGUGAUGUACUCCUUCUUGUCGGUGGGUUGGGGUCUAAUCGCUGAUAUAGACAUUGAAAGCGAGCGCCUGAGAUCGAUUGGAGCCCAGAGAUUUACUUUGUGGGCCAUCAGAAGGUUGAUAACUCUAAGGACGUACAAGGGCAAGGUUUAUUACCAGCUGCCCAGUAAAAUAACAAAAGUGGAGCAGGCCAAAGAAGCCAAGGAAACUACCAAAAGGGCUGCCAACUUUACACCCACAAAUCCCAAUGCCGACGCCAGUGAGUUUCGCGAUUUACCCGAGGAGGAAGAAGGAGAAGAGGCGGAUGAACACUUCUCCGAUGCCAUAUCCCUGGAUAGAUCUGUGUACCGACAACAUGCCGAUAGCUGGCACUCGGCCAUGUCAAGGAGAACCGCCUACUAUUCCUUGGGCGGUCCCAGUCUCCGUUCCAAUCGCAGUCGCCUGAGUCUAAACCAACGAAUCGAGGCGGCCAAUGCUGAAUUUGCGGAAUUGGUGCCAUCGGGCACCAUUCCGGCUUUGAAUAUGCCCCUGGAGUCCAAAGACGGUUGGAUCUGUGAGGAUGGUGACUUUGUAAUGGUCCAUGCCGCCUACACCACACACUUGUCCUCCGAUGUCUUCUUUGCCCCGGAAUCCCGGCUGAGCGAUGGACUUAUCUACCUUGUGAUCAUCCGCAGUGGAGUGAGUCGUCAUCAGUUGCUAAACUUCAUGUUGAGCCUCAACACAGGCACCCAUUUGCCCAUUGGCGAUGAUCCGUUCAUCAAAGUGGUGGCCUGCCGGGCAUUCCGGAUCGAACCGCAGAGCUCCGAUGGCAUCUUGGUCGUCGAUGGCGAACGCGUCGACUAUGGACCCAUUCAGGCCGAGGUUAUGCCGGGUCUAAUCAAAGUGAUGACCACCAAUGGUCAGUAAUCGUUAUGAUAAGAGCUAUGUGGGACAGGGAUAGGGUAUAUAAGGUCAUGAUACCAAGUCAUCUUUCACAUUUAAAUAUAGAAAAAAGACAACACCUAACAAAGUAUAUAUAAAACGAGCAUGGGAAACAGAAAAAAAGUAUGGCGCUACGCAUCUUAUUGUCUCAAAGAACACUAUAGUUUGAUUUUCUGUACCAAAAAAUGGAUAGACACCAAUAAUAUAUAAAAAUCGAGCAUGGGAGCAGCUUUAAACAGUUAAAUUCGAGCGAAAAAAUGUAUAUGGCGUUACGCAUCUUAUUAUUUUCAUAUCGUCUCAAACGUUUGUAUCAAAAACGCUGCAUAAAAUAAAAUUUAAGCUUGAA